AAGGAGAAAGAGGAGGAAACUGAGUACUUCCGUGUUUCGUCUCCCACUCAAGAAUAUUGGUGAUAGGAGCAGUCUUUCCCAUUAUCAACUGACUAUGACACUGUGAGCAUUAACGACUAUAUAUACAUAUAUAUAUUACAUAGGCUGGUUUUACUAUAAUCAGGUAUAAUCAAUGAAACAAUGUUGCAAGGAUCUAAGAAAAAAGACAAACGUAUUCUGUCGGGUACGUGUCCGGAUCCCAAGUGCCAGGCUCGGCUGUUUUUCCCAGCCUAUGGAGUCAGUAUAGAAUGUACUGAAUGCGGCCAGCGCCAUGAACAAAGAAAUCUAGUCAAUAUCGAGGAAGUCACCGACCCAGAUGUGGUGCUGCACAACCUGCUGAGGAAUGCUUUGCUGGGAGUCACCGCCCCAAAAAAGGGCACGGAAAUGGUGAAAGUGAUGGGACUGUCCAAUUACCACUGUAAACUGCUGUCUCCCAUCUUGACCCGGUAUGGCAUGGAUAAGCAAACUGGGAAAGCCAAGCUCUUGAAAGCGAUGAACCAAGGGGAAAUGUUUGAUUGUGCCCUGUUGGGUGACAGAGCUUUCCUUAUUGAUCCAGAGCAUAUUGGGACUAUGGGUUAUGGAAAAGACCGUUCAGGGAGUCUCUUAUACCUCCACGAUACCCUUGAGGAAAUCAAGAAGGCAAAUAGUAAUCAAGAGCGUUUAAUCCCUGUACAUGUGGAUGGUGAUGGUCAUUGUUUAGUUCAUGCUGUGUCCAGGGCUUUAGUAGGAAGAGAACUUUUUUGGCAUGCUUUGCGUGAAAAUCUCAAACAACAUUUUAAGGUAAACCUGGAUCGUUACAAAGCAUUAUUUCAUGAUUUCAUUGAUGCAGCAGAAUGGGAGGAUAUCAUUAACGAGUGUGAUCCUUUGUUUGUUCCCCCUGAAGGAGUACCUUUAGGUCUGCGUAAUAUUCAUAUCUUUGGGUUGGCCAAUGUGUUACAUCGUCCAAUAAUUUUGUUGGAUUCCCUGAGUGGAAUGAGAAGUUGUGGUGAUUAUUCAGCUACUUUUCUCCCAGGAUUAGUCCCUGCAGAAAAAUGUUGGGGUAAGGAUGGACAGCUAAAUAAACCUAUUUGUAUUGCAUGGAGCAGUUCAGGACGCAACCAUUAUAUACCUUUGGUUGGGAUAAAAAGGGGUCCUUUACCAAGGCUUCCUUUGAAACUGUUGCCCAAAGCUUGGGGUGUACCACAGGAGCUUAUUCGGAAGUACAUCCAGUUUGAAGAUGACAACUGUAUUUUAGGAGGUGACCGAAGUUUGCAGGACAAGUACUUGCAGAGGCUAGUUGCUGCCAUGGAAGAAAUUUUCUUGAAGAUACAUGAUAUUCACCCUUCUCUGGUAGCAGAUGUUCAUCAGUAUAUAUACAGAAGGACAGGGGUGAUUGGAAUACAACCUGAAGACGUUACUGAAGCUGCAAAGAAGGCCGUAAUUGAAAAUCGUUUGCAGAAAUGUUUGAUUUGUGGUGCUCUUUCUGAACUUCAUGUGCCUGCUGAAUGGUUAGCUCCAGGAGGAAAGCUGUACAACUUAGCUACAAGCACCUAUGGCCAACUGAAACCAGACAAAAAUUACAGCUUUCCUGUCAAUCAUCUGGUUUGCUCAUACGACCCUAAAGAAGAUGUACUGGUGCCAGAUUACAAUUUGAGUCACUUAACAUCUUGCAACUGGUGUCAUGGUACUUCUAUGCGCCAUGUCAAAGGGGAUGGUUCUGCUGUGUAUUUAGAUGGAGAUCGAACUAAUACCAGAUCUGCUGGAGGUAAAUGUGGUUGUGGCUACAAGCAUUUCUGGGAAGGAAAGGAAUAUGAUAACCUACCUGAGGCAUUCCCAAUAACUUUGGAAUGGAAUGGGAGGGUGGUUCGAGAAACUGUUUAUUGGUUUCAGUAUGAAAGCGAUGUGACGCUAAACAGCAAUGUUUAUGAUGUUGCUAUGAAGCUUGUUACUAAGCAUUUUCCUGGUGAAUUUGGAAGUGAAAUUUUGAUUCAGAAGGUUGUUAACACUAUAUUACAUCAUACAGCUAAAAAAAAUCCUGAUGAAUAUACUCCGGUCACUGUUGAAGGGGCACACAGUCGUAGAGUUGGUGACUUGCAAGAUGAACCGGCAUCAGAACCACAUUUACCAACCAAAAUAAUUUUAAUGGGUCAGAAAUCAAAGACUCUGCAUAAAGAAGAACUGAACAUGAGCAAAACUGAACGAGGUAUUCAGCAGAAUAUUACCGACCAUGCAGCUACUGUGCAAAAGCGGAAAACUGACAAAUUACGCCAAGAUCAGAAGGUACCAGGCCAACCAUCCUCUCCUGGAAUUGUAAAAGAUGGGUCAUCGUCUGCUCCAGCCACUCCCAUUAAGUCCCCUUAUUCCACAUCACCAUCCAAAGUAAAAAAGAUUAGAGUAACCACCAGUGAUGGACGACAGGCAACACUGACCCUUCAAGCAUCUGUAACAUUUUCUGAGUUUCAAGAAAGCAUAGCUAAAGAAUUUAGCCUUCCCCCGCGUUUGCAAUGUAUACGGCAUGGCUUUCCUCUGAAGGAACUGCACGCACCUAAAGUGGGAUGGGAGAAUGAGGUUUUGCCUCUGCAACACGGUGAUUGUGUUUCUGUGGAGAUUCUGAAAGACAGCAAGGAAUCUGUUCCUGCAGCUUCAACAUCUGCAGCUCAUUCCUGGAAAACUGAAGAACCUGAAGCAUCUGGUAGAGCUUCCGUUAAGGAGAUGCAAGAGCAUAUUGAUCUUGAAAUGUCUUCCCUCUGCCUUAUAGCAACCUUAAUGGGCGAAGAUGUUUGGUCUUAUGCAAAGAAGUUACCACAUUUAUUUGAACAAGGUGGAGUAUUCUAUAACACGAUGAAGAAAGAUGUAGGUUUGGCAGAUGGCAAGCAUUUCACUCUUCCCCACCUUCCUGGUAAGACAUUUGUGUAUAAUGGAACAGAUGAUAGACUGGAGCUGUGCAUUGAUCCAGCAGGGCACAUUCCCAUUGGUCCCAACAUUGACAAUCUGAUCAAAGAGGCCUUAAAUCAAUUACGGUCUGAGGGAGGGUCAAGAAGUAGGGAAGGAAGUCCUUCCUCACAUGGAGGCAUGAAACUUGGCAGUGGAGGAGUGGUGCGAAAAAAAUCUGAACAAAUGCCAAAUGUCACGGCUUUCCAAGGAAAAGGUCAUUCUCUUGGAACUGCUUCAAGUAGCCCACAGCUGGAACAGAGGCAUAGCAGGGAAAUCCAGGUGCCUAGGAAACAAAGCACUGGUAGUUCAUCAGGAACUGAUCUUAGUUAUGGUAUUGGCCAGUCUAGUCCCAAACAUGGAGCUUCUCCACCCAAAUCCAGCAGCGGGGACAGCCAGCUAAUACGAAUGGCACCUGGCUUUGUAACGAUGAGAGACGGUAGGCAACUUGACGCCAAUUUAAUUGAAGCACAACGUAAAAAAUUACAGGAGAUGGUAUCCUCCAUUCAAGCUUCCAUGGAUAAACAUAUGAAGGAUCAAAAUGUGGAACAAUUGAUAAAUAGUGAUGCCCCAGAUUCAAAACUACGCUCUACCACUUCCUCAGCUCAGUCAAUAAUGAGAACUGAAAGCCUUCAAACUGAUGCACUGGAGACACCAUCAAUCGCUCCACAAGAAGGUGACAAUGAGAAUUUGAGCAUGGAAACAACAGCUGUUGGCGUGGAAUUAUCAUCCCACCCAUCUGUACCAUCCAGCAAGUCACAGAAUGCAAAUCUUUUGAAUGAAGAUCUUGAGGAAAUGGAUAGUCAGGAAAUAGAGGGGACAAUUGAACCAAUGGAUCACUCUUGACUUCAUUUAGAAAUGGAUACUAUCAAGCUGGCAGAGCUGGGCUUUGUACAAGAGCCAUGCCAAGGCAAAAGAAGCUUAUCGUGUUCAAAAGACAGAGUUCGAUUCAAUCCCCCUAUCAAUUGCAUGACUGCAAGAUUUUUCUUGAUGAUUCAGAUGACAGCUUCUGCCCAUAUAAUCCACAGAACCAUAAUUAUUAACUUAACCUUGGAUGAGAUUCUGUUCUUGAUGUAGCUCACAUUGAGAGAGAGCGCUUUGGUAAAAAGAGAGGAGUCUCGUAAGAAUAUAUUUUCCUGAUGCAUUUAAAGUUUGAUUUGAACAAUAUUAGUUGGUGAUGCUUGUGUUAGAAAUAAAAUACUGGAAUGUACAGUUGGAUAAGGUCAUAUAUGUACACCCAUUAAAACAGAAUAAAUAUACAACUCUUUAGAAAGAACUACACAGUCGCUUGUCUGCCCUGGUUUCUAGGGCCUGUGCAGGGACAGGGGCUUAGUAUAAUAAAAGUUGUCAAUAUUCUUGAUUUGGCACUUUGCAGAAAUAAUCUAAGUCACCAAAUGUGAUUAGCCAUGAUGAAAAAUAAAGGUAUCAAUUACCUUAUCAUAGCAAGAUUCUUGACAGAUCUGAGAUUCACUUUAAGUUUGAUUGUUCAUAAUAAAUUAAACUGUGACAUUGGUGCAUGUAGGAAUUGUCCAAUUGGUGAUGUCAAAAAUAGCUGCACUUAAAACAUUGCUGCAUUUUGUUUAUUUCCAUGGUGUGCAGAUAUUUUUGCCUGAGUGCUUAAGUGGGGAUGGAAUAUCCAUUGCUUUGAAACCUACCAGUCCAAAGCAGUUCAUCUUAGCUUCAGCAUAUGUUCAAAUUCAGUAUUUAGAAAAUUCUAUACUGAUAUUGAAAUCUUUAGUUUUUGGCUUUGAUAAUAUGUGAUGUAGUAGAAUUGGAAAAUAAAAACUCUUUAUCUUAAUGUUUAGCACCUAUUUUGGGGGGAAAGUAAAAGCUGUAAUGAAAGAUAACAUUGCUUUCUGGGAGGGAACUAAGGAUUUUGGUUCAGUAUUUUUCAGACUUACACCACAAAUCACUUUGAUCCAAAAACUUCUGGUGCUGUUCUCUAAAGUACUCCCAAAAUGGAUCUAACUUUGGAGUUAAGUGAAGAAAAUAUUAUCUUUUUAAAAAAAAUACUUGCUGAAACAUUCAUUUUCUUGUUGCUUCAUUCAGUUUGCUUUGUAUUAAUCAGAACUUCAUUAAUUUUAUUUGAGUUUAAAAAAUCAAGUAUUUAGCUCUUGUGCAGAUGAAACAAAAAUAAGCAUGACAAUAUGUUGUUUAAAAUCACAAUUUGAGUUCCUUUAUCCUCACUCAAACCACCAAGUUAUAUCAAGCAAGUGCGUGUGCGCACACCAAUACACACACACACACGCACACACAGCUUAUAUUCCUCUCAGGUUGCAAAUUCUGAGAAAAACUGAUGUCUUUUUCCAUUAUUAAAGGUGCCAUUCUGUAGUGUGUCACUGGUAAUGGUAGUAUUUAUUAUUGCAGUCAAGCAGCGUGAUUAUUAACUGUAGUAGAUGAUUUUACGGUAACAGUGUGUAAUGAACAAUUUUAACAAGACUAAGUUUUGGUGGGCAAAGAAAAUACCACCAAAUAUUGUCUGAUUUUUGAAAUACAAACUCUGAUAUAGCCACUAUAACAAGGUAGUUUUACUCCUUAAAUGUGGACUCAUAAUGCACAAACCUUAAUCAGUAAAACUACAUAAUACAUAAGUCUGCCUUACUUAUUUUUUAAAACAAGAUAUUCAUAAUUCCGUAUUAUAGAAAAUAUUUAGAAGUUUCUCUGGAGAUAAACCUCAAUGAUUUCCUUUUUCAAAAACAGAAGGUUGAGUGUUUCUGUUUUUCAUUUAGACUGUGCUUGGAACAGCCAGUAUUGUUGUCUAUUAAUCUUAAUAUUAACUUAAUUUUUCUUUUUUAAUAGGCAGAUUUCAUUUAAUUUAUGGUGAUCUUUAUGGCAAUUGAAUCAUUUUCAAAGCUGCUUAGAGACUUGCUGUAAACUUUACACAUUUCAUAAAUAUUUACAUUCUUAGCAUGCAAAAGUGAAUGUGCUUUCAGACAAUAUUGAUUAAAUUAAAAAUUAAAUUUCACAGGAGUGGUGAGUUUUUCAUGACUCUUAGAAAUGAGCUGUAUGCUGGCAGUUUGGGCCUUAAUAUUAAUGAUUCAUUUGCUUCUGAAUUUGUUUUUAGGAUUUAUGAGGAUUACAAGACAACUUCAUUAAGCAUGUGCAUUAAAAUUCAUUAGCAUCUUUCCAUGGGAUUUUUAACUUUAUUGUCCUUUUAAGUGCGAUAGCAGAACUCAUGUAAAGUAUUAUUGGACACAGCAUUCUGUAGAAUGAUAUGACUGAAGGAACAAAAUAUAAGAAUGGAGAUAAAUUGGGGCUCCAUAGCAGGCCUAAAGGUAAAUAUCCCAUGGAACUGGACUUUUUUGCAGUGUUUGCCAUCCAGUUAUUAGAACAUAUUGUAAUUCUCCUUGAGUAUAUAUGGAUAGUGUACUGUAUAUAUGCUUUAUUUUUAGUGGAGAAAAUGUCCCUGUUUAAAUGAAAAUGACAACAAUUAAUAAUAGUUAUAAGAAAUAUACUGACAUUUAUGAUAACAGGACAACACUGGCAAUUGUUCAGCAAAUUUGGUUUGUUUAUAUUUGUGGUUGCUGUACUAAAUAUCUAAAAUGAAUUCCUCUAUAAUGUAACACCUGUGUAUUAUAAAAGUAUAUAUUGUACAGUACUAUAAGUGACUUGUACAGUACUUGGAGUUCUUUUCUUGAAUGCUUAUUAAACAAAGUGGUACAUUCUCUAAGUACCAACUUGCUGUUAGCAUGAGUUAUGAGCAUAUACUGAAGGUGCAAUAAAUUAAAAUGUUUCACGUGCAUAUUGGUCAAGAACGUUUCAGACUGUUUUAACUGCAUUUUUCCUUCUUUUGUACAUAUGUGCAAGUCCCA